AUGAAUCGUCACGUUUGCAUCGUCAACUCUGAAGUCAAACCAACAAAGAAACAACGACUGCGAGGCAUAUUUCUAGUAUCGCACAAGCACCCGAGAAGUUGGGCCCUGUACGAGAGUUUUGAAAAUAUUGAACAUGCACAAUUGGAACACAAAGCUAAGUACAAAUGUAUCAUUCAUCCUUUGAGCACUUUUCGAAUCUACUAUGAGAUUUAUUUGAUCUUCAUUUACCUCGGGUUUAUCUACACACUUUUUUAUCAACUUGCUUUGUUUAAUUCGCAUCAUCAAAUUGCUCAUUCUAUAUUCAGAGCGCUUAAUAUUGUGGAUUUCAUUGUGAUUUUCUUCACUGGUUAUAUAAAUGAGAAAACUUAUAAGGUAGUGUUGCAACCCAAAUACAUUGCUUUCCGUUAUUUGCGGACAUAUUUUUUGGUUGACAUUUUGCCCAUUUUUCCAUUUGCCACCAUAUCAGUUCAUUAUGAUUUAUUCAGAUAUACAUAUUGGCGUCAUCUAUAUUGUGUCUUGAUAUGUUCAAAAGUAUUUCGCAUGAUAUCCAUUUACGAGUAUUCGCAAAAUAUGAAACAAUACUUAAGAUUAGAAAAAAACUUAUGGAUAGACGUAUUUAGAUUCUUCAUAUGUAUCCUUACUGUAGUGUACAUGAUAACCAGUGUUGAUUGCAGGGUAACUAAUUUUAAAGUUGAUCGGAAUUUAUAUAGUUGGAUUUCUUCUUACAAUCUAACGGAAAUUGCAAACAUCGAGCACUUCUUGUUAUGCUACAUUAGAACAUCAGGUUUAAUGUUGUCUAUAGUACCCCCUUACCCUAUAAGUGUUCCUUACGAAAAAAUUAUGUCAAUAAUUUGUGUGGUUCUGGGGCAAAUGUUACACUUAUUCCUCGCAGUAAUAUUCUUAUCUUGCUGGUUCACAAACAUCAAUACCAAACUUGACUUCUACGUAACUAUUAAUCAAAUGGAGGCCUACAUAGAGCAGAAGAGAUUUCCACCCGACCUUAAGAAAAAACUAUUGGAUUACUACAAUUACAAAUUUAAGCGUAGAUAUUUUAAGGAGAACAAAAUUAAAAAUCUGCUAAAUAACAAUCUCAGGAACGAGAUUGAAACCUUCAUAUGUCGGCAGUUUGUCCAUAGUGUCCCACUGUUAAUGAAAUUGGAUACCUCCGAUGUGAAUAAUUUAAUGAAAAAGAUGCAUUUAGAUAUCUACAUGCCAAUGGAUAAGAUCUGCCAAUACGGAGAAAGAGCCACUCACAUCUACUUCAUUUCACGUGGUACCAUCGCCACGUACACACCUUCACACGUGGAGGCGUACCAUUUGUCUGCCGGCGAAAUAUUUGGCGAGAGUGCCCUUUUGAUAAACAAUUAUAUGCGGCUGGUGACUGCCAUCGCUAUAGAAAUUAGUGAAGUGUAUUCGUUAAAUUAUGCAGACUUUCAGUUCACCGAUAACAAAAAUAUCAUGGAUGAUUUGAAGAAAAUGGACGAGGAACGUCGGGGAAUUCGGGAUGCCAAAGAGACUGAGUACCAACUCAACAUCCUGAAGCAAAAGUUACACUAAACUUAAUCGAGUUUAUUCAUUUGAAAGAUACAUUUACUGUUGAUUACAAAUAAAGGUGGUUUAAAAUCUUAAAUAUUUUAGUUUUUAACGUAAUAAUAAUAAUAAUAAUAAUAAUAUACUGUUUGGAAAACCUUUGAUCCUACUGAAUUUUGAGAGAGACCAUACAUGACAGAGACAGUAAAAGAUUCUCACUUCAAAGUAAAUUUGUGGAGUUUUACUGUCUCUGUUAUGCACGAUCUCCCUCUCAAAAUUCAGUGGGAUCAAAUGAUUUUCGAUCGGCAUGUAUGUUUCACAUGAAAUGAAAAAUAUUACAUUAAGGUACCUUAUUGUAUACAACCCAUGUUAUAUGUUCCACACCCUAUUGUAUGCAGCCCACGUUACAUGUUGGGUUAUAUGUGCAUGUUCCACACCUUAUUAUAUGCAACCGGUCACACGUUCCGCACAUUUACUUAAUUCGUUUUUAUUUUUCGUCGAGUGAAGCCAGUAUUUGUUUUACCAAUAUUUAAGGUAGAUUAUUAAAAUUAUACGAAAUUACCUCGAUGCUUAAAGUAAGUAAUUCAGAAUCUACUUCACUUUUCCUCUGACGUAAAUAUAAUUAUCAGUACAAUAAAUUAUU